UUAGGUUUGCCAAACCAAAUAGCCCAAACGGGUUUAGAAAAAAAAGAAGGAAAAGAACUCUUCUAGUUUUCUCUCUCUUCUCUCGAUUCCUCUGCUCUUUCUCUAAACAGUUACACAACAAUGGCGGCUACUCGGAAGUCAAGCGGACCGGUUCUCCGGUCACUUUCACCGGCUGGAAGAUUUUAUUCUCCGGGUCAAAGGACCGGUUCUGCUUUUGCUUCCUCAACUUCCGGUUUUUCAACCGGUUCACAUACAAUUCUCCACAGAUCAACUUCUCCGAACCGUGUGAACUUAUACAGCUCAAGGUCGUCAUCUCCGGCGUCAUCCGUACGGUUUUCUCUGGACCGUUCGACUUCACCGAGCCGGUCUAUUUCUGCUUUAAACCGGAAUCACGUGGUGCAGAACCGGAGUUAUAAAUCCUUGCCUAGUAGCGGUCAGAAGAAGACGUGUAUGUGCUCGCCGACGAAUCAUCCAGGUAUUUGAUGGUUAGAUUCGUUUGGCAGGACUUGAACAGUAAUCAGGAACAUUAUCAGAGACCAGAAUGAACAGAGGAUAAUUAAAAUUUUAAACAUAUUUUGGACAACAUAGAUUUUUGCACUAAAUAGAUAAUUAAUUGAUUACAAAGAUGCUUAAUUGAAGUUAAUCAAUUUUAAAAACAAAUAAUGGUAAAAGGUACUUUUUUAGCCACAAAAACAAAUAAUGGUUCGGGUGACCCUUUAAGUUGGUUUGGUAAGUAACUUUGUCAUGAUUAUAUUCAUUGCCUUUUUUUAAUAGGAUUUUCUUUUCAACAUUUACAAAAGCAAUAUAGUAAUCAUGAGUCAUGACGUUAAGAUUAUUAAUUUGAAACAGAUGGAACACUUCGACUGCACACAAUAUAUGUAUAAAAAUAAUAUCAUAUACUUUAAUGGUAACUGGAUUUUCCCACUGUAUAUAUAAGCUAUUUUCUUAGAUAACUUGCUUUUGGUUCCUUCGGUCGAAUAGCUACUAUAAAGUACUCCCUCCCUCUUAAAUUAUAUGUUAGUGCUUUUACUUAGGAGGUAUUUUUGAUUAUUUGCCUUUAUUUAUAUUUUAUUAGUAUUUGAACAAUUAUAAUAUUAGUUCAUAAUUGAGGUGUUGAUAAUUUUUAAAAAUAAUUAUUACUCAGGUUAAAAUAAAAAAAAAAAUAUAAUUUGUUUUGAAUUUUUAAAAUGAUAAAUAAUUUGAGAGAAAUAUAUUUAGAAAUUACGACAGUUAAUUUGGGACAGAAGGAGCAACAUUAGAAAGAUAUCAAAGCGUAUUUUUUAUUGAAAAUGAUUUAAGCCUUUAAAUAUAUAAGUUAUGUUUUUUUUACUUUGUGUUAAAACAAGGUCUAUACAAAAGUUGCUCAUUUUUUUCUACUUUGAGUUAAAAGAUAGUUUCACAAAAUAUUCCUUUUGUCCAUGUUUGACACUAUCUUUUUAGUCAUUUGAAAAACUGGUCAUCUAUAUAUUAAGUUUGAAAGUAUUUAACUUAGAUUAUUUAUUGUAAAAAUACAAAUAUCAUAACAAAUUUAAGAACACGAGUUCCAAGAGUCUUAAAAUUACCUAAAUUAUAAAUACUAUAUUUAAGUUCAUAUAUUUUAAAACCUUCAUUUAUUCUUUAUUUCCAUACCUGAUCAAAUAAGUGUAUAUAAUUAAAUUGUAAAGAAUAUAUAAUAAGCACUACUAUAACGCAUGAGUUCAGCAAUAUCUUAAUUAUACCGUAUAAAUAACCUAUACGUAUUUCCAAUUUAAAGCGUAUCAUUUUUCAACCGCUAUGUUAGUGUACACGACGUCACUAAAGACAAAGUCGUCGAAAGUUUGGAGCUGCUGCCCAUAGUGUAACACAUUAGGAGAGACCGAGAGAGCAGACAAUUACAGCUAACAAUUUGCUAAACCCAUUAAAUUUACAUUGGGAUAAUUGACAUUGGUUAUUUAUUAAGAAUCCUAUACUAACAUAUCUAAUGUUCUCAAUUUAACAAUUAAUAACAUGGUAGAAUAAAUAAAAUUCGUUCACUUUUAAUUAGAAAAUUUGUGUUUAAUCUACGAAUGAAAAAACAUGUACAAGAAUUAAUUCAAAUAACCGCCUACUUAAUAUCUUAAAUUAAAAUAUUUGAAUAAAAAUCCAAAAAUAUAAUAGAGAACACUAUUUGCGAAUCCGGAUUGGUUGAAGUACCAAAACAAAUAUAGAAUGAAAAACCAAAAAAAGUUCUCAACCUA